CCUUAUGAAUGUAAUGAGUGUGGUAAAGCCUUUGCAGAAAACAGUACUCUCUUAAGCCAUAAAAGAACACACACUGGAGAGAAACCUUAUGAAUGUAAUGAGUGUGGUAAAGCCUUUGCACAAAACAGUCAUCUCAUAAGCCAUAAAAGAACACACACUGGAGAGAAACCUUAUGAAUGUAAUGAGUGUGGCAAAGCCUUUGCACAAAACAGUACUCUGUUAAGCCAUAAAAGAACACACACUGGAGAGAAACCUUAUGAAUGUAACGAGUGUGGUAAAGCCUUUGCACAAAACAGUAAUCUCAUAAGACAUAAAAGAACACAUACUGGAAAGAAACCUUAUGAAUGUAAUCAAUGUGGUAAAGCCUUUGUACGUAACAGUCAUCUCCUAAUACAUAAAAGAACUCACACAGGAGAGAAACCUUAUGAGUGUAAUGAAUGUGGUAAAGCCUUUGCAUGUAACAGUCAUCUCCUGCUACAUAGAAGAACUCACACUGGAGAGAAACGUUAUGAAUGUAACCAAUGUGGUAAAGCCUUUGCAUGUAACAGUAGUCUUCUAGUACAUAAAAGAACUCACACUGGAGAGAAACCUUAUGAAUGUAACGAAUGUGGUAAAGCCUUUGCACAGAACAGUAGUCUUCUAGUACAUAAAAGAACUCACACUGGAGAGAAACCUUAUGAAUGUAACCAAUGUGGUAAAUCCUUUGCAUGUAACAGUAGUCUCCUAGUACAUAAAAGAACUCACAGUGGAGAGAAACCUUAUGAAUGUAAGCAGUGUGGUAAAGCCUUUGCACAGUACAGUAGUCUUCUAUUACAUAAAAGAACUCACACUGGAGAGAAAUCUUAUGAAUGUAACCAAUGUGGUAAAGCCUUUGUACGUAACAAUCAUCUCCUAAUACAUAAAAGAUCUCACACUGGAGAGAAACCUUAUGAAUGUAAGCAGUGUGGUAAAGCCUUUGCAUGUAACAGUAGUCUCAUAGUACAUAAAAGAACUCACAGUGGAGAGAAACCUUAUGAAUGUAACCAAUGUGGUAAAACAGUGUGA